GCCGUAUAACAGAAGAAGAAGAAGCGGAAGAGGAAGCGGAGCGCGGAGGUGACGAAGAGAAGGCAGAGCGAGGGAAAUCUGAAAACACAAGUCAGGUCGUUAGAAAGGUGAAGACAGAAGCUGAAGAAGUGGACAGCAGACUCUGAGGACGGUGUGAAAAAUGCAGAGGACGUCCCGUUUGAAGCGUGAACUUCAGAUGCUGAGCACUGAGCCACCUCCCGGAAUAACAUGCUGGCAGGCGGAGGACCGGAUGGAUGACCUCCGGGCACAGAUAGUUGGUGGAACAGAAACUCCUUAUGAAGGUGGACUCUUCUCUUUGGAGAUCAAGGUCCCAGAGAGGUACCCAUUUGAGCCCCCCAAAAUACGAUUCCUGACCCCCAUCUACCAUCCAAAUAUUGAUAAUUCAGGACGUAUUUGCCACGAUGCUCUCAAACUCCCGCCAAAGGGUGCCUGGAAGCCGUCCUUAAACAUCUCCACAGUUCUCUCCUCUAUUCAGCUGCUCAUGGCUGAGCCCAAUCCAGAUGACCCGCUCAUGGCCGAUAUAUCAUCAGAGUUCAAAUACAACAAACAGCUGUUCAUGGAGACGGCCAGGAAGUGGACACAGGAACAUGCCGUUCAGAAAAACACGGAAGUUGUGGAGGGAAACAAAGAAAAUACUCAAGAUCAGAAAGCUUCAUCCCGCAAAAGACAUCCGCUCGGUGCACAACAGGAGGGAGAGGAGUCAGCAAAGAAAACCUGCGUGUAGGUGGUUUCCACCUCGCUUGUUGGAGCCACAGUUCCAGAGCCACCAUGCAUUUUAAUCCUGCCUGCACUUAAAAAGUUAAUUACUACUUCCACCUAUUAUCUGUGUAUUCCUCUUUUUAAAUCAGAAAUAUGUUUAUUUUUUAUGUUUUGUUGUGUUAUUAAAGUUUAUUCAAAAUGAA